AACCAAAUUGGGAGAUGUCGAUCCAUGUGAACGACGAAAGACGGCUGCUUCCUGACACUGCGUGCUAGACUAUCCGUCUUUGUAUUUUGCGUUCUUGGCACAUGGAUAAUCUCUGAUCGGGAAAAACUUUCUUUUAAGACUUUAACAUCAUCUAAAUAACUUGUAAAAGCUGGCCAUUCUUUUGGUUCCGAAACCAUCUUCACCAAUUGUGAAUAAUCCGUCGCAAAUGUAACCUGAAAUUAUCGUAAGUUCCUCAUACACUCCAUUGCCCAAAGUAAUCCAUUUCCGCAUGUAGAGGAGAUAGACUAGCCCGAACAUUUCUUGCCCCCAUCAAUCCCUCAAAACUUUAAAUAUAAUAUUGUUUUUAAUGUAAAAUUUUGUAUUGUGGUUAGAGAUGAAAAUUAAAAUAGACACUAAAACACCAUAUUUGGAUGAAUAUUUUGAAACAUAAAUAAACCUUUUUUUUUGAAAGCCCACACAAUAAGCAAUUGAGUUAUGGUUACAUAAAAACCAAUGAAACAUGUAGCGAGAAAAUAGAUCAAUUUUAAUAUUUGAUUUAAUCUAAUAAUUAAAAUUAAAUUACAAAACUAGUAUUAAAAUCAAAAUUUGUUGAUAUAUAUUUAUAUUAGUUGGCAUAAGGUGCUGACUGUCACCUGAUAAAACUAAUUAUAACCUGAUGAAGACAUAAAUACCCAAAAACUCGAAUUUUGAAACUAAAAUAAAAAUCACAAGAUAGUGUUUUAUAUACUAUGUAUAGUUUAUAUUAGUGGUGGAGGCAGUCAUGUUUUUAUUAGGGUCGAUUUAAUUCCAUCUAUAUAUUACAUAGGUCAACAGAUUAAUUUUCUACAUACAAAACUAUGCCACUGGAAAUUUCAAAAGAAAAAACUAUGCCACUGGAAUUACUACAUACAAAAAUAUGAUUUAUGUAAUCAUAGACUUGGAAAUUUUGUAGCUUUGCUUUGCAAAGAAAUUCUGCCUGCCUAAAUUUCAACUGACUUUUUCCAACCCAUUUUUAUUUGUCCUUUAGUUAACACUAAUGUUUUUAAUAAUAAUUUUUUAAGACUUCUUUUUUUAGAACCAAUUUUGGGUUCAAGACUCUUUCAGACCAGUUCAUUCCUCUAUAUAUAUAACAGAAAAGGAAAGUUAAAGAAUCACAUAAGUAUCCAUGUCCUCAAAUCUUGUGAUCAUGACAAACAAUACUACAAAAACUCGCAACACCUUUCUUAGUUACUUUUUCCCGUUCCUUUGGGGAUUUGUGGUGAUGGAUGCUGGUUUAGGACAAAACACAACAAGUGAUGAAAUAAAAGUAGGCGUAGUUAUUGAUCUCAAAACAAACUUUUCCAAGAUCUGCCUCACAUCAAUUAACAUGUCGUUGUCUGAUUUCUACCAAACUCAUCCUCAUUACCGCACAAGACUUGCUCUUCACAUCAGGGAUUCCAUGGAAGAUAUUGUUGAGGCAUCAGUUGCAGCCUAUGACCUAAUCAAUAACGAGCAAGUGAGGGCCAUCAUCGGACCAAGAAGCUCUAUGCAAGCCGAGUUUAUGAUUAAACUGGCCACCAAAUCUCAAGUACCAACCAUCACUUUCUCAGCAACGAGCCCUCUACUUAGAACUAUCAACAACCCUUACUUCGUCCGAGCCACUAUCGACGACUCAUUCCAGGCUGAAGCCAUUGCGUCCAUUGUCAAAUCAUUUGGGUGGAGAAGCGUCGUCGCCAUUUAUGUGGACAACGAGUUAGGUCAAGGAAUCAUGCGCUCCUUGUCAGAGGCUUUAGAAGACGUGGAAGUCCAUAGAAGUGUGAUCUCUCCAGAGGCUAGAGAUGAUCAGAUUCUAAAGGAACUUUAUAAACUCAAGACAGAGCAGACAAGGGUAUUCGUUAUCAACAUGGACUCAAGUCUCGGAUUCCGGUUUUUGAAGAAAGCUAGAGAAAUAGGGAUGAUGGAGGAAGGGUAUGUCUGGUUACUAUCAAAUGGAAUGACCCAUAUGAUGAGAGACAACGGUCGUAGCUUAGAGACUAUGGAGGGCUUGCUAGGUGUGAGGAGCCAUGUCCCUCAAUCUAAAGAGCUUCAAGAUUUCAGUUUGAGAUGGAAAAGAAAACUAGAGAAGGAGAACCAGGCGAGGGAUAGUACAGAGCCUAAUGUUUUCGCAUUAUGGGCGUAUGAUUCGGUCACUGCAUUGGCCAUGGCGGUGGAGAAAACAAACACAAAGACAUAUAGGAGGACCUACGGUCCACAUCUUCUAGAGGCUCUCUCGGAUGUAGAAUUCAAGGGGUUAGCAGGAGAUUUCAAACUCAUUAACCGGCAGCUCGAGUCAUCAACUUUUGAGAUAAUCAAUGUUAUUGGAGAUGAAGAGAGGAUUAUCGGAUUCUGGACACCAAGCAGUGGACUGGUGAAUGCAAAAUCAAACAAAACGACAUCAUUUUUAGGCAAGAGGUUUGGGCCAGUAAUAUGGCCGGGGAACUCGAACGUUGUUCCAAAAGGUUGGGAGAUUCCAACAAGCGGGAAGAAGAUUAAAGUGGGCGUUCCAGUAAACAAAGGAUUCCUCAAUUUUGUGGAGAUAAAGACGGAUCCAAUCAGUAAUGUAACCACUGCAACGGGUUAUGCCAUAGACAUCUUUGAAGCUGCUCUUAAAGAGUUGCCAUAUUCAGUCAUUCCUCAAUACGGUUUCGAGGCUCCAGGUGAUAACUACAAUAAUUUGGUCUAUCAAGUCUAUGAGGGGAAGUGGGAUGCAGUUGUUGGAGAUAUAACAAUCACAUCGAACAGGUCACGGUAUGUUGAUUUCACGUUACCGUACACAGAGUCUGGGGUGUCUAUGAUUGUGCCGGUGAGGGACAACAAGAACAAAAACGCAUGGGUGUUCCUAAAACCUUGGAGCUUAGACCUAUGGAUCACCACCGGUUGCUUCUUCGUGCUCAUUGGAUUUGUUGUGUGGUUGUUCGAACACAGAGUCAACACAGACUUCCGUGGACCUCCUCACCACCAGAUCGGCACUAGUGUCUGCUUCUCCUUCUCCACCAUGGUUUUUGCCCACCGUGAGAAGGUCGUAAGCAAUUUAGCAAGGUUUGUGGUGGUGGUCUGGUGCUUUGUGGUGCUUGUGCUCACUCAGAGUUACACAGCGAAUCUCACCUCUUUUCUGACUGUACAAAGUUUACAACCAACAGUCACAAAUGUGAAAGAUCUCAUCAGUAAAGGGGAGUCUGUAGGGUACCAAGAAGGCACAUUCGUCUACGAUCUUUUAAGAGAUCUGAACUUCCCUGAAUCACAGCUCAAGCCUUUUGGUUCUGCCGAAGAAUGCGACGACCUUCUGUCCAAAGGGACAUCAAAAGGUGGUAUUGCAGCAGCUUUUGACGAAGUGCCCUACCUUAAGGAUAUCGUUUCUGAAUACUGCUCCAAAUAUGCAAUGGUUGAACCUUCUUUCAAGACUGCUGGUUUUAAACCUUCCUUUAAGACUGCUGGUUUUGGCUUUGCAUUCCCCAAGAACUCGCCUAUGACAGGAGAUAUCUCAAGGGCUAUCUUGAAAGUGACUCAAAGCAAAGAAAUGUCACUCAUAGAGAACAAGUGGUUCAACCGUCUUAACCUCGCUAGUGAUUGUCCUGAUCAAGAUACCGCUGAUCUUUCAUCUAACCGCCUCAGUGUCAGUAGCUUCUGGGGACUGUUUCUGAUAGCAGGCGUUGCUUCCUUUUUGGCACUUUUCGUCUUUGUAGCCCUCUUCUUGUACGAACAUAGGCACACACUAUGUAGUAACUCCGAAGGUUCCAUAUGGAGAAAGCUAAAGUCUUUGUUCAGAAUCUUUGACGAGAAAGACAUAAGGUCGCACACUUUCAAGAGCAAUGCGGUUCAUAAUGUGAGUUCACCUAUUACGCCGUGCACUCCGAGCCCUUCGAAUGUGCAGAUCAGACCAUUGCCACGAAGCAUGUCAUUAAACAGGGAGUUUGAGCUAAGAAGAGAGCAUGUUUAUCCAUGAGUGAAGAAUGUUUCAGAGCGCACCCAAAACAUGAUAAACAGGGAGAAUCUGAUAUUGAGUUUGGAGCUGGAAGACAGAGAGAAGUUAAACAAACUCCCUAGCAAGUUACACUGUAAAGUAUCAACUUAAGUUGUUAAUAACUUAACGUAUGUAAGCUGUAUUCAUUGUACUUGAGUUGAUAUUAAUAUAACUCAGUGGUGUACACUUGAUGCAUUCAGUAGCAA